AUGGGAUUUUGGAAAGUGAAGACCGAGGGAUCAAUAGCAGGCCUCGGGAGUGAAGGCUGUGUGGUGGUGGAGCAUGGUGGAACGGGGGGACAAGGAGGAGGGCGAACGGGUGUCCUUGGCCACGGUGGGUGCGGGAAUGGCGGCCGAGGCGGCUUGGGCGGGAACGGGAAUGGCGGCCGAGGCGGCUUAGGCGGGAACGGGAAUGGCGGCCGAGGCGGGAACGGGUGUGGCGGCCGAGGCGGCUUGGGCGGGAACGGGUGUGGCGGCCGAGGCGGCUUGGGCGGAAACGGGAAUGGCGGCCGAGGCGGCUUGGGCGGGAAUGGGAAUGGCGGCCGAGGUGGCUUAGGCGGGAACGGGUGCGGUGGCCGAGGCGGCUUGGGCGGCCGAGGCGGGAACGGGAAAGGAGGCAAUGGCUCAGCAUAG